AUGCCGGCCAUCUCUAUAGUUGUUGAUUUGGUUGCGGAAUUACCCAAGGCUGAUAGUCUUACGUUAAGACCUACUCAUAUCUACGAUUCAUUUGACAAUGACCAGGACUGGAAAUGGUUCCUAGAGGCCCGAUUGACCUCUGCCUACACUACGUUGACUCAGGGUGACGAACUUAUCAUCAAGGAUGUCGAUAGUCUUGGACAGAUCUAUCGGUUGAACGUGACUAAAGUUUCCCCUGCAAGAACUGUUUGCAUUGUUGAUACAGAUAUCAACUUAGAUAUAGAACCUCUUGACAUUGCCAUGGCCAAACAAAUGAGCGAUCGUCAAUCUCAGAAUGGGGAAUUUCAAGUUCUACCCUUAAAUCAAUCUACCUUGUGUGAAAGCUCUCAGAAACUCAAAUGCUGCAUUCCGCAAACUCUUAGAUCCAAGAAAGAUUUGCAGCUUAGCAUUAUAUCCAAUAUGGACUUCGCCAUAUCUUCAAAUCGGUUCUCGGGACCAGAUUCAUUCACGAGAUGUACGCUAAAUAGUGAAAAUGAGCUCAAAUUGACGUCCAAGGAUGCUGAAUUUAACUCCGAUAAUAUAUAUGUGAUUCCUCUUGGUUCAGAGUUUGCGAAAGCUAAAUUCACUGUUCGGAUCGGUCAGAUAGGGAUGCUUGACUCCAAACAAUCGCAUAGAUCGCUUGAUCCUGAUCAGAUGAUAUGCCCUUAUUGUGGAUCCACCAUAGCUAAGGCAUCUAAAUUCAUGCAUGAGAACUUCUGUCGUCGAAAUAAUAUACGAUGCGAAAAGGGAUGUGGUAAAGUGUUUCUUAGAAAGAUUCCCGAAACACACUGGCAUUGUUGUGACACCUACGGAGACACCGCCGAAUCGCUCUCACUUCAUGAAGAAUACUUUCACAAAGGUCCAGUCAACUGUCCUCAAUGCGGUACCGAUUCAUUUGCUAACAGACAAUUGCUAGCCUACCACAGGGCAGUGGAAUGUUCCAAGACACUACACGAAUGCCAAUUCUGCCAUCUUGUAGUUCUGCGAGGAGAGCCAACUCCUGAAUCUCGCCUAUCUGGCAUGUCCGCACACGAAUUCGACUGCGGAUCGAGAACUACCGAGUGCUACAAAUGUGGUAAGGUCUUGAGAAGAAGAGACAUGAAUUCUCACUCAAAGUUGCACGAUUUAGAUCGGAUAAGUAAGCCUAGACCACACAUUUGUUCCAAUGAGAACUGUGUGAGGCCUAUAAGAAGUGAAAAUCAGAAUGCUAUGGGGCUUUGUGAUGUGUGCUUUGGUCCGUUAUUUUCUACUGCUUACGAUCCCACGCAUUCAAAGCUUCGUUCUAGGGUAGAAAGAAAGUACAUUAUACAAAUAAAAACGGGAUGCGGUCACAAAUUGUGCCAGAACCAGCUAUGCGCUAGCUCUGAAGUAUCUGGAAAAGUGAAACUGGACAAAUUCGCCGACAUAAUUAAGCUCGUCAAGACGCAACUUGUGCCAGAAGACAUAACCAAGUGCAGAAAUUGGAGUUUCUGUGUGGAUGAAGCGAUGUACAAGAAAAAGAGCUUUACGGAAACGUUGAAAGAAAUGCCAGAAGUUUCAGAAUAUGAUGUAGCAUGGAUUUGUCUGGCAGUUAGCCAAGUGAAGCUUGUGGAUGGAGACGAUACACGAAAUAUAGAUAUAAUUAAAGCUUGGCUAAAGGAGUAUGGAGUACAGAAGAGCGAAUAUGCAAACUAA